UAAAAAGGUGGCCGGACAUUGAUCAAUCUUCGCCAGCGCCAUAGCUACUCAAAGCACAUCCUUACUAGCUAGCACUAGCAAUAGCACUGUCUCGGGUUAGGCUAGGCGUAGGAUCAUCAGUCGCUAUCUAGCUAGCCGGUUUAACCAUGGCAGUAGCCCGACCUCUGGCUCCCUUCCAGCUCAUCGCCGUCCUCUCGCUGGCGCUCCUCGUCACGAGCCACGCCGGCGGGAUCGCCGUGUACUGGGGCCAGAACACGGGAGAAGUGACCCUGUCCGCGACGUGCGCGUCCCGCAGGUACCAGUUCGUCAUCCUCGCCUUCGUCUCCCAGUUCGGCGAGGGCCGGGCGCCGCGGCUGGACCUGUCGGGCCACUGCGACGACGCCUCGUCGGGCGGCUGCUCCGGCCUGAGCGACGACAUCCGCUCGUGCCAGCGCCGCGGCGUCAAGGUCCUGCUCUCCAUCGGCGGCGGCGAAGGCAGGUACGGCCUGUCGUCGCCCGCGGACGCGCGGCUCGUGGCCGCGUACCUCUGGAACACCUUCCUCGGCGGCACGUCGUCGUCGCGCCCGCUCGGCGAUGCCGUCCUCGACGGCAUUGACUUCGACAUCGAGCUCGGCCGCGCCAAGUUCUGGGACAACCUCGCCAGGGACCUGAAGGACAUGGGCAAGGACGGCGACAAGGCGGUGCUCCUGAGCGCGGCGCCGCAGUGCCCGUUCCCGGACCAGUGGGAUGGCGCCGCGAUCAACACGGGGCUGUUCGACUACGUCUGGGUGCAGUUCUACAACAACCCGGAGUGCCAGUUCAGCUCGGGUCGCAACGCCUUCCUGGACGCGUGGAAGCAGUGGGAGUCGGUGCCGGCGGGGCAGAUCUUCCUCGGCCUGCCCGCCUCCAAGGACGCGGCAGGCACCGGGUUCGUGCCCGCGGGCCAGCUCACGUCGCAGGUGCUGCCGCUCAUCAAGGGCUCGCCCAAGUACGGCGGCGUCAUGCUCUGGUCCAAGUUCUACGACGACCGCACGGGAUACAGCUCCGCUAUCAAGAGCCACGUCUGAAUGUCUGGUAGAAUGGUAGCAUAUUUACAAGCGUGCAUGUACUGUAUGCGUCUGUGAGUGCGUGUGGAGUUGUCCUGUGCUAGAUAGUUUUAUAUCUCAGCAUGUUCGUAUUCGAUGUAGCAGAGCAAAAAUACCAGCUUUGCAAUUUUCACUC